AGGCACACGUCCCGUCUGAAGCUAGUCGCUCGCGAGCUUCAGAUUGGUAGACAAAUGGGAGCGUGGCUGCUCGAGUUUUCGUCGUCAACUCGCCACAGCGAUUAUCGUUAUCGCGUUCGCCGGUGAAUUAUCGCCGCGAUAACUACGUUUCGAAAUUCACGUUCGUCUCACGUGUCGCGUUUCCUCUCUUUCGUUCGUUCGCCCCCUCACUCGCUCGUUCUCGUCGCGAUACCAUCGUCGCGCUUCAUUUAUUCGCUGGCGAUCGCGCCGAAACGUCGUACGUAACCUGAAACCUUUUUCGCGUCUCUCUCUCUCUCUCUCUCUGCGUCGGAUUCGACGAAUUCGUGUCUUCGAACCGAUUCCGCGAAUUGACAUCGGGCGAACGUGCAUGCACGUGCUCGAUACUUUCGAGGUGUGUUUAAAAAACAUAUCGCGCGAUUGUAUUUGUUAAGAUCGCGUGAGACGCGGUGUGACAGGAAGAUAGUAACGGAGGCUUCGCCGAAAUUGUUGAGAUUCGACAACGUGUUUUUAAGUCGCAGUUGGAAACGACGUUCGUCGACUAAAGUACGUAUAACAGCAGGAACUGGAGUUGGACCGCGCGGGAGGAGCCAGCAGCGCGCCGAAUAAAUGACGUAAAUCCGAGGAACGGAAGCGCAACGUCACUCGCUAACUCGCAAUUCUCUCCUCUCCUCUCCCCCGGUCCCCCCGUCCCGCCCUGCCCUACCUACCCCCCCGGAAACCUCCCUCUCUCUCUGUCUCGUCGUUUCCGCGCCCUCCCUAUUCCGGCAACCCCCUGAAAUAUCCCUGUGCCCCCUCUUCUGUUCGGGUCCGAUCCCGACACGACCCGAACCCCAAGCGCGACCCGGCUACCAACCGGACCUUUGCCCUCUCUUGUCGCCCAUACGUCGUCCGCUUUGUCGCGCUCGUCGUCUUUACGUGCUUACCACCACUCCUAUUCGCCGUUCGUCUCCGUUACCGAUCUCUCUUGGCACUCUCUUCUUCAUCAGCAUCCGCGUCCAUCGUUUCCUUUCCCGGAUAUCCUCUCUGCCCCUGGAAAUCCGAAAUAACCAACUCGCACGUCGCCGUUCUUUCCGCCCCCUGGCAAGACGGCGCGUAAGGGUUUUCUCCACCUUUUCACGCACGAAGCGGCCUUUCAUUCUGCCAUCUACGUCGUCUUCUACUUGAUCAACAGCAGCAGCAACGAUAGACCACGGUGGUGAAGGCGGUUCCGCUAUACUGGUGGCUACAACACCAACGUCCCUGUACUCCUUCCAGUAGAUUCGCCGUCGCGAGAAACACGCGUUGGUUUGAAACCGGCUUGAAGGACGCCACGACCGGCUUUUCGAGACACGCAUACAUAGGCAGACACAUAUACGUAAUACACGCGCACGUCAGUAACACCCUCAGCGACGACCCCCAACUGCAGCCUUCUGUGUGUAAUAAAGGAAGAGGAGAUACGCGUACAAAAGCGCGCGCAUCUAGAGAGCGCACACUCCUCUCGGCCGACGUUUAGCUUCGAAGGCUUUCAAGCUUUGCCCGACUAUUACUCCUACGUCCUUGGCUUCUCGAGUGCGGCGUGCUGCAAGAUCAGGGGAAGAUAAAGGAAGUAUAGAGUGAAGGAACGAGGAGUCGAUAGACGAGAUCGACGACCUUCGCCAUCGCCUCAUCACGGAGCCGGGAGAGUAAUAGCGACUGUGCCAUCAUCUCGCCUAAAAUCGACCGAAGCCUAAUCGCUGUCGAUAUAUAGCUUCACCUCUCUUUGCUUCUUUUCUCCCUUCUUUCUCGGAGAUAUAUCCUGUCCUUUUCCCCUCCGCCAAUAUACAUCCGGCUUUCACACCCACUCAGAUUAUCGGAGCGGGAAACGCGCCACCUCUCAACGAACACGGCCUACGAGAGCAAAGAUUCUCACAAAAUCGCUAACCAUCGACGACACGACGCCUAAACCCGCCGACACCGCCCCCGCGCUCCUUCGAUUAAUUCGCCGCGACGCGGAAUCGAUAUCGAGCGGGAGAGACACGACGCCGAUAAGCCACGUUCGAAACAGCCGACGUUGCUGAUAAACGUCGAAUCUCCGCGAGACGACGUUAUCGCCGAAAUAUCGCGCGACAAACAACGACGACGACCCGAGAGCCAAGCGCGACUUCAACGUGAGGAAGAUCAGGAAAUAUCGCGAGAGACGCAGUAGUGAUUUCCCACGCGGAGGAUCCACGCACAAAAAGACAGUUACGGAUCGUCACUAGACGCGUACAUGGGACAUUAAGAACGUCGCAUCGUGCUUAAACGGAAGCCGUCUGUAGUAAGGUAUAAUAAGUUUGAAGUAGUUGAACGACUCCGAGGCAUACGCGGGAUUUCGUGUUCUCUUUGUGUGGAAGCAGGUGAGAGCGAAAGAGAGAGAGAGAGAGAGAGAGAGAGAAGGGUAGGGAUGAAUGAGCGUAUGCACGUGAGCGAAUGGUAAGAGAGAUUGACGAGACAGGGUGAAAGUGGUGGAACGCAAGGGUGGACACCGCGAAAUCCCGUGAGCAAUUGCCGACGAGCUCGUGCCGCGAGUUGCGAUCGUAUCCCAUAAACCGAAACAUAUAUAUCCUUGACAAGAUCAGUCGACGCGAGUGCACGCGACCGGGGAAAAAGGCGCCGAUCAUCACGCGACGAGGAGUUUAGGAAGGAAGAGAGUGGGAGAGGGAGAGGAGAGUUAUCGGUGGUGAAUUCGGUGUUGGAGAGUCCCGGGACUUUCUCCCUCUAACGGUAGAGGCCAGCGCACGAACGGGGGAUUCUUCGGUCUUCCAGCGAGUGUGGAAGAAUGGCAAUGGUCAACAUGAAUAACCUACUGAACGGCAAGGACUCGCGGUGGCUGCAACUGGAGGUCUGUCGGGAGUUCCAGCGCAACAAGUGCACCAGGCCCGACACGGAGUGCAAGUUCGCUCAUCCGCCGGCUAACGUCGAGGUGCAGAACGGACGGGUCACCGCCUGCUACGACAGUAUCAAGGGUCGAUGUAAUCGGGAGAAACCACCUUGCAAGUAUUUCCAUCCCCCGCAGCAUCUGAAGGACCAACUCCUUAUAAACGGGCGCAAUCAUCUAGCGCUGAAAAACGCGCUGAUGCAGCAGAUCCAGCAGGGCCUCACGCCGGGUCAACCCCUUGUGCCCGGCCAGGUACCAACAGUGGAGGCACCAGCACCUCCGGCACCACACCAUCAUCUUCAACAGCAAAUCCAGCAGCAACUUCUCGCUACCCACGCCUUUAUGGCGACGAAUCCGUACCUGACCGGUAUGCCGCAGGUUGGCAACACGUACAGCCCGUACUUUGCGCCCAGCCCGAUAAUGCCGGCGAUAAUGGGCCCGGCGGACCCAACGGGCGUCGGCAGUCCGCUCGGCGUGGUGCCGCAGACGGUGGCGAUGCCGCAGAAGAUGCCACGUACCGAUCGCCUCGAGGUAUGUCGCGAGUUUCAACGCGGGGCGUGCAAACGCGGCGAGACGGAGUGCCGGUUUGCGCACCCCCUCGAGACGGUGCAGGCGAACGAGGACGGCUCUGUGACGGUCUGCAUGGACGCUGUCAAGGGCCGAUGCAAUCGGGACCCCUGCCGCUAUUUCCACCCCCCUCUGCACCUUCAAGCCCACAUUAAGGCCGCACAAUCUCGGGCUAGCAUUGCGACGGCGACGAUGCCGACGAGUGUGGCGGGAAUGGGUGCGUUGGCUGGCGGAAUGUCAGGAGUGCCGGCAACUGCGAUGCCCGGAGGACUGCAGAGCGCCAGUAUGGCGAGCAUCGAGCUCGGCAAGAAGCGGAUGCGCGACUCCAAUGAUGAUCUGCUAAUGAUGGACAUGAAGUCUGUCGGGUCGUUCUACUACGAGAACUUUGCCUUCCCAGGGAUGGUUCCGUAUAAACGACCGGCGGCCGACAAGUCCGGCGUGCCGGUCUAUCAGCCUACCGGCGCGACGACCUAUCAGCAGUUAAUGCAGCUACAGCAGCCCUUCGUGCCUGUGUCAUGUGAGUACACUGGAACACCACCCCUACCCACCCAAACCUCUAACCAAUCGGUCGUGCAACCCUCGAACGUGCAAAGCAACCACCACGCGAUGGUGGUGCAAUCCUCCUCCUCCUCCUCCCAGGGAGCCGCCGGCGCCACAGUCAAUAACUGCGCCGACGCCAACAAUGGCGCGCUGAUGGAUCCCUGCAACAAUCCGCCGCCGCCGCCUCCGACCGCCGACAAUAACAGUAACAAUAGUAACAGCAAUAACAAGCAGUCGGUUACUACGCAGAAUCAUGAUGUCGAAAAUGCGCGUAACUCUCCCGAAUUGAAUCAUUCGAGUCCGUCGCUGCAGCAACAGCAGCAGAUACAGCAACAUCAACAGCAACAGCAGAUCAAUCAGCUGUCUCUGCCACCAGCGAUGAGUCCAUUGACCUCGAUGGCCGGCCUGACCUCGAUGCCCGGCAUGGUGAACAUGGCCUCGAUGGCCACUAUGGCUUCCAUGGCGAACAUGUCGUCCCUAACGAACAUGAGCUCCGUAGGCAAUUAUAACACUGCUUCCAAUAUGGCGAAUCUAAAUAUGCUCAACAGUCUCGGGAUGGCAACCUCGGGCUUACCAACUCAUUUCGAUCCCGCGGCUCUCGCCAAAGAGGUCGCCCAGAAAAAUUACGCCAAGGCUAUUAAGAUGUCGCAAGCCUCUCAGUCUUACGGCAUCAGUCAACUGGCCGCGCUCAAUUACACCGGUGUCGCUCUGAACAAGCAGAACCACGUGAAUCCCGCCGCCGCGGCGGCCGCUGGGAAUUCCGCAGUGGCCGCUGCCGCCGCCGCUGCUGCUGGUCUGCAGGCCACCGCGGCGACUCCCAGACCCGUCAUCUCGAGUCUGGCUGGUAUCCCGAGCGCUCUGACCUCACCGCUAUCGGCCGGUAUCCUAGCGUAUUCAAGACCGCCGCCCUCGGCCACCCCGAUUAAUCCAUAUUCCCUGAUCAGGCAGCAGAUCUUGCCGAAUCCCUACGUCCAGGCAUCGAUACCGGGUAUGCCCGGUGCCGCGACCAUGCAAACCAAUCCCUACGUUCAAAAUCCGUACGCCGUUCUACCCGGGAUGGCCGGCGUACCCGGAGUAUCGGCCGUCCCGCAGAUACCGCAGAUACCGCAGAUAGGAAAUCCGGCGUCGAUAGCGGGACAGCCGCAAGUAGCGAUUCCCGUCAGUUCCGGAGUGAUUAUGCAGCCGUAUAAGAAAAUGAAGACGUCGUAAAGAUCUUUGACCGCCGGCUCGGGAGGGCUCGUCUCCUCUCCCGAGAAAGUACUGUUCCUUUUCCUCUCUGGGCACCUCUCGUUCUCUCCUUCGCGUGAACGAACCUGAUCGAUUUCGCGAUUAGUCACUACGGAUAAUGAUGGCCGCUAUCGCAAUAGCGCGAUAUAUUUUAGAUAAUUCUAGAAUUAAAAAGAUUUUUAUGAUUAGAAAUGUACACAAUGUAUCGUAACAGUAAUUACGUUACAGUUAGUAGAAUUUUGCGAUAUCAUUGUAGGAUAAUCUUAGUCAGUAUCACACACUGAUUGAUACUGACAGCAUCUCUAGAUAGAUAUAAUUGCGGUUGCAUAAGCAGAAAGUUUGUUUUACAAAAUUAAUAUAAAAUACAUUUGAAAAAAUCUGUAAUUCAUCGAAAUAAUUAUUUGAUAAUUUUUGUUUGUGCAAAACCAGAUGGGAAUUAGUCCUAGAAUGUUAUAGCUUUCGCUAUAAGCUGCAUGGCGAAGUUCAAUGAAUUCCUCUUCUUUUAUUGUU